AUGGCACCCCUCAAGCCCCACUGGAUUUCGCCGUCGCACCCCGAGAUCCAAGAAGUCAUUAUCAAUGAGGCCGAGUUCACCUCCAUGUCCCGCUCCCGCGUGACUCUGCCCCCUUUCGCCCUCUACGCCAAGAUGUCCUUCCCGCCCUGCACCCUGGCCGAUGAGCCGACGUACGCCACGGUGCAGAUCGGCCGGGACCGGCACCUGAACCUCAACAGCGACCUGCUGUACAUCAAUCACUCGUGCGACCCCUCGCUCAUCUUCGACACGGCCAACCUGGCCAUCCUGGUCGGGCCCAAGGGGAUACGGGCCGGAGAGGAGCUGACCUUCUUCUACCCGUCCACCGAGUGGCACAUGGCCCAGCCCUUUGCCUGCCUGUGCGGCGCCGCCUCGUGCCGCGGCACCAUCUCGGGCGCCGAGGCGAUGUCGGCCCCUGACCUCGAGGGCGUCUGGCUCAACGGGUUCAUCCGCGAGAUGCUCGAGGAGCGUGAUGCCGCCGCCGCCGCCUCCAAGGUCAACGCCAAUGGCAAUGGCAACAGUAACGGGACGACGGCGAGAGCUUACCAGACUGGUCGGGCUCUGCAGGAUGCAGUAUUUCAGGCCGAGCGCGUGGUCGACGCCACCAGGGCUGCUCUGCUGUCCUACCAGGCUCAGUCUUCCAAUGGCAAUGAUGGCGGCCGUAAACACGCGCAGCCAACCAAUGGCUGCCAGAAUGGUAUCAAUGGAGGGCCCACCCGACGUGGCGCCACCUCCCGUGAGCUUAGUGGUGAGAUGGGGGGCGAUACCAUCCGGGCUUGA